AUGGGCGUAUUUGAGUAUACCGAAAACAAUUUUGCAGGAGCGACGCUGGAGAAAGGACUCAUGAACCGAGUGUCGUAUUCUUUCGGCGGUGUGUAUUUUCAAGAAUCACACGACGAUGAUAUAGAGGCACUCAAAGAUUACAAGAGUGUACUCGAAUACAAAGGCAAGGAGGACUCACUGGUCAAUUUCGCACAGUGGGAGCCGGGGCACAAGAAGUUCCAGUGUUGUCACCCAUGGGACCAGUACCUCGUGACCGGGUCGGCUACCCGGCAAUGCGCCUACAAGAUUGAAGCGCUCAACUACUAUCUCGUCUCGGACGUGCAGACGCCAUUGGAGCUCUGGAUGAAGAUCCGAGACUUAUGCACGGAUAUCAGCAUCGAGUGCGGCUUAGCCCUAAAGGAGGUCGCGGCCAGGCUUCGGACGAUGAAGUCGUCCUUGUACAGCGAGAUACACAUCGCGGACGCGAAGGCCACAGCUGAGACACUCAAGGGCAUGCUGGAGACCGAGUUUUGGCACCACGGUAAGUUCCUGGACGCAGUCUCAACUGUGGCGAUGGCGUCACAGCUGAUCGAAAUUGUGGCGUGCACGGCCAAGAUCAUAGACUCUGAGGAGGUGCUGUCUACAGAGGCCAAGUUCGAGAAAUCCGACUUGGCGUUGACUGCAAUGGUUGAAUUAUAG